CUCAUCACUGGAAGAAGUGGAAGCUGCAAUGUCAAGCAAAGCUAAAAGCCUUUCUCUACCAAAACCAAAAAUCUCUAUCCCCCACCCACCCCCACAAAAGCAGAGCAAGCAAGAAAAAAGUGCCAAAGGAACAAUUGUUGCUCACAUCAUCAUCAUCACCCUUUUUGAUUUUCUUCCUCCUCUCCUCCUCCUUCAGUCCCACCCCCAACCACUACCAAACUUUCACAAAGCUCCCAAAAUUCCUCUGGUUUCUCUUUGCCAAUCUCACCCAAAAGUUGAGAAUUUUGGAAUACCCAGAAGCAAAUCUGUUGAAAGAUUGAAUUGAUUGACAUGGAUUCGUUCAAUCAGACAACUGGGUUUCGUUACAAUCCGAAUUCACGCACUGAGGGUGAUUCUGAGUUUUCUGGGAUUCUUGAAAUCUAUGUUCACCAUGCUAGGAACAUUCACAACAUAUGUAUCUAUGACAACCAAGAUGUGUAUGCAAAAUUCUCUCUCACCUACAACCCAGAUGAGACUUUCUCGACUAGGAUCAUCAAUGGUGGUGGCAAAAACCCCGAUUUCAAUGAGAAUUUGGUGAUCAAAGUCGCCCAAUUUGAUGCCGUUCUCAAAUGUGAGAUUUGGAUGCUUAGCAGAGCUAAGAAUUUGAUGGAAGAUCAGCUUUUGGGCUUUGCAUUGGUCCCAAUAUCUUCAGUGAUUGGCCAAGGAAAAUUUACCCGAGAUUUUAGUCUAUCUUCCACUGAUUUGUUCCACUGCCCAGCUGGAACUGUGAAAUUGUCUCUUUCUUUGAAUACAAAUGUGUCAAUGAAUUCAUUCUCUGAUUCUGUCACCAAUUCCUCUAUAACUUCAGAGGUUGUGUUGUUGGAUAGGAAGAUUUCAGAGGUUAUUUUGGAGCCAAUUGAGUAUACGAGGAUCGAAUUCCCCGAUGUCAAUGUAGUUAGAGAGAAUCAACAGAUGGUUUCUCAGUAUUUUGACAUAGCACGACACGGGUCUGUUUCAAGGCAAGGGUUGGUUGGACCUGGUUCAUUUCUUCAUCUCGGAGCUUCUCAUCAGCCAGUCGACGACUAUGAAAUGGCUGCGAAUUCAUCUGAGGACAACCGUGGCGGAUCUGUAUCUCCGAAUGGAAGUAUUCAGAAUUCUGGGUUUUUUAGUUCAACCAUGACAAGCCUCAGUGAUGAUAGAAACUCAGCUGAUUCCAUGGAGAAAAAGAAUCAGUUGGCUGGCGAGUUAUCGAACUCGCCUAACGCAUCGUUCACUACUGAAGCUAAUCAAAGCCCGAGUGUUAGUCCGGACACUCCAACUUCAAAGAAGGGAAGUGAAAUGAGAGAUGAGAAAGAGCCGAAUUUUUCGGGGAAGGAAGAGGAGAGCAAGAAAGAAGGGAAUAUCGGUUCUGCAAAAUUCGGUCAAGUGUUUCCAGCUCCACUUGGAAACAUCAAUCUUGAAGCCGAGCAAUCCGCGAUGCAGCAACAGAUAGUUGACAUGUACAUGAGGAGUAUGCAACAGUUCACUGAGUCUUUGGCAAAAAUGAAGCUCCCAAUGGAUCUUGAUAACCCGGUGGUUGAAGACCACGGCGACGUGAUUCAAAACAGCAAGAACAAUUUAGAAGUUGAGAAGAACAAAAAGGACGGUUCACGUGUGUUUUAUGGUAGCCGGGCUUUCUUCUGAAUAUGUUCACUUGUUGAGUGCCUACCAAUUUUAUGUAAGAGGUUGUUAGCUGCAUCAGAUGGUUUAAUUUAUCAAGGCUUGGGUUUAUUUCAUCUCCAUAAGUGGUAACAAACACUUCAAUUCCUUUUAGCCUUGUUUAACCCCUUUCUUGUGAAAUAUUAAGAUCAUAAUUCACUUGUAUUCUCUCUCUGUUUUGUUAACUUCCAUCACUACAUAUUUAUUCCUUACAUUGUUCUAGUUUUGUAUUUGUUUGUUCUGUUGUUCGGCCUUGUAAGAAAAUUGAUUGGGUGGUUCCUAAUCCUUGUUUUAACCUUGGGCUCAAAAUUUGAUACUA